AUGGUCAAAUUAGGUAAAAAGUCCAAACGGACGCCCGUACGCCUGCGACACAAAAUCGAAAAAGCCAGCGUAGCAAAACAGAAAAAACUGCGCAGGCAGGCGAAGAAGGAUCCCACAUGGCGCUCGAAAAUCAAGAAAGAUCCCGGCAUCCCCAACCUGUUCCCGUACAAAGACAGACUCCUAGCCGAAAUCGAAGAGAAGAAAAGACUCAAGCAAGAGGAAUCGCUGCGCCUCCGCGAAGAAGCUCGUGAGCGCCGCAAAGCUGAGAACACGGCCUCUGGGAUCGAAACUGCGGACGAUGACGAGCCUAUUGAUGACCUCGACGUUGACCUCGAAGAUGACGACGACGACGAUGAGAUGGAUGAAGGAGGGGAUGACUCGAAUCCAAUGGCUGCUCUUCUCGCAUCGGCCCGGGCGAGAGCAGCUGAGUAUGAGGAUGAUGAUGAUGACGAAGUGGACGAUGGUGAGGAUGAAAUGGAUGAGGACGAUGAAGAGGGAGCAGUUCUAUCGUUGAAUCAAAGUGAUAUCCCCACGCUCGCAUCACAGGUUAAAUCAAAGGAGAGCUCGCGACGAGCUUUCGACAAAGUCUUCAAGCAAGUUGCUGCCGCCGCAGACGUUAUUCUCUACGUCCUCGAUGCCAGAGAUCCCGAGGGUACACGGUCCAAGGACGUGGAGCGUGAGAUUAUGGCUGCAGAAGCCGGAUCAAAGCGUCUUAUUCUUAUUCUUAACAAGAUCGACUUGGUGCCUCCACCAAUCCUGAAAGCGUGGCUCAUUUAUCUCCGUCGAUACUUUCCCACCCUCCCCCUCAAGGCUUCCAAUGGCGCACCCAAUGCACACAGCUUCGAUCACAAGCAAUUGACCGUGAAAGGAACUUCCGAAACCCUAUUCAAGGCGCUGAAAUCAUACGCGCACACAUCUCAAUUGAAACGAGCAAUCUCCGUCGGUGUCAUCGGCUAUCCUAAUGUCGGUAAAUCAUCGGUCAUCAACGCGCUGACAGCACGUCUGAACCGGGGCCAAAGCAGCGCAUGUCCAACAGGCGCUGAGGCAGGUGUAACAACAAGUCUCCGCGAAGUCAAGCUGGACAGCAAACUGAAGCUGAUCGACUCACCGGGAAUCGUGUUCCCGAAUGCAUCGAAUAAAAAAUCCAAGAAAGAAAGCGACGAUGCCCGUCUCGUCCUUUUGAACGCUGUUCCUCCGAAACAAAUCACCGACCCAGUCCCCUCCGUCAAUCUCCUCCUCAAACGCCUAUCUGCCACCGAGUCUCUUCUCCAGAAAAUGCUAGACGUGUACGGAAUCCCUCCGCUUUUCCCUUCCAAUGGCGACAAGACUACCGAUUUCCUAAUCCAGGUCGCCCGCAAACGGGGUCGUUUGGGUAAAGGUGGUGUGCCUAAUAUUCAGAGCGCAGCCAUGACUGUUAUCACGGAUUGGCGCGACGGGCGUAUUCAAGGCUGGGUCGAGCCACCGGUGUUACCUGUAGUCGGCGUUUCCACAACCGGUGCUGGCGCCAACAGCGACCCUUCGACUGGUGCUGACACGAAAGAGAUUGUCACGGAGUGGGCCAAGGAGUUCAAGAUCGAGGGACUGUGGGGGGAUGGUGAGAGUGGCGAUGCGGAUGAGAUGAUUGAGUAA